AUGGCCAACUCUACUGAUGAAUCGCCGAGGCGUCCCAACUUCUUGUUCAUUCUUGCUGAUGACUUGGGCUUUUCCGACAUUGGCUGUUACGGAGCCGAGAUCCAAACACCCAAUAUCGAUCGACUUGCUUCGGAAGGUGUCCGCAUGCUAAACCACCAUGCUGCAGCGGCUUGUUCACCCACACGAGCAAUGCUCCUCAGUGGAACUGAUGCACACCUUGGUGGCUUAGGUGUGCUGAUAGAAUACAAGGGUAACGAAAAAGGUGCGAAGCGUUAUGGAGGAACGGCUGGCUACGAAGGUUAUCUCACUGAAAACGUCGCAACCAUUCCCGAGAUUUUAGAAGACAACGGCUAUUUUACUGCUAUGUCUGGCAAGUGGCACUUGGGUAUGCGCGAUGCUCAGGGACCUUGGAAUCGUGGCUUUCAAAAGGCUUUUACUAUGCUUCCCGGGUGCUGCAACCAUUAUAGAUGGGAACCUGUACAAGAGAAGUUCCCGUUUGGUGGUCGCCCAAUUCACGCCGAGAAUGGCAAGAAAGUCGACAUAACUCCCAACAAAACUGAAGAUCCGAACGGUUUCUAUUCUACAGACGCCUACACUGAUAAUCUCAUUCAGUAUUUUGGGGGAAGAACGGAAGAAGAUAAGAACAAGCCUUUCUUUACAUACUUGCCAUAUACUGCGCCCCAUUGGCCAUUGCAAUGUUCGAAAGCACAACGUGACAAGUACAAGGGCAUGUACGACGAUGGACCAUAUGCACUACGUGAGCGCAGAUUAAAGAAACUCAUAGACUUGGGUAUAAUAGACAAGUCUGUUGUUCCGCACCAAGUAGAGACACAGACAAUGGGUGUUGGAGAAUGGGACGACCUCUCACCCGAAGAAAGGAAGCUCUCGAGUCGAGCGAUGGAGGCAUAUGCAGGUAUGGUAGAUUCCAUUGACGUCAAUGUCGGCAAGGUGGUGGACUAUCUGAAGUCAACGGGCGAGUACGAUAACACCUUUAUUGUGUUUAUGAGUGAUAAUGGAGCCGAGGGAGCAGCCAUGGAGGCUAUUCCUGUCAUGGGAGAUAAAAUUACCAAGGCCAUUCAUCAAUACUACGAUAAUUCUUACGAAAAUAUCGGUUCUUGGAACUCUUUCACCUGGCUUGGUCCCUUGUGGGCUCAGGCAUCCACUGCCCCUUCAAGGCUGUUCAAAUGCUUUCCAUCGCAAGGAGGUAUACUUGUGCCAUGUAUCGUGAAGCCUCCGGCUCAGACAUUCCAUUCGUCAUUCCAACCAGGGACCUUCGACCGAUCAUUCUCCACUGUCAUGGACUUUGCGCCUACCUUCCUCGAACUAGCUGGAGUACUUCUCCCUACUUCUGAAAAGAUAGCUACGACAGAGGCUGGAAAUGGUAGCGCUGCUCCGGCCACAAAGACUGUUCCAUUCCGAGGAAGAACAGUACAUACCAUUCGGGGAAAGUCUUGGGUACCGUUCUUCGGCCGAGCCGAAAAGGUGGAAGAUGAUGAGAUGUGGACAAUUCACCCUUCUACUGAACCUGUUGGUUGGGAACUAUUUGCAAGAGGUGCUCUACGCAAGGGUAAUUGGAAGAUUGUCCACAUUUCCAAGCAACAAGGUGGUGCCGGAGAAGGUGAUGAAGGGUGGGAGUUGUUCAAUGUGGUUGAAGACCCUGGGGAGACCCGGAACCUGGCAGAGAGUGACCCCGAGAAACUACAGGAACUACUUGCACACUGGGAUGAAUAUGUGGUUGAGUGCGGAAUUGUAUGGGGAGAAAAGGCCGAGGCUCUAGGUCUUGACAAGGCCAGUGCCCCAGAGCUUUGGGAAGAUGAUACGGAGUUGCAGAGAGGUUGGAUAGGUGCUAAGGCUGGUCAAUGUUUGGCAUGA